AUGGACAGCGGGCGGCUGCUGUCUGGCAGGCAGCGGGAGCUGAUCCAGGAGAGCUGGAGACGAGUGAGCGGCAGCCCGGUCGAGCACGGACUCGUCCUUUUCACCAGGUUGUUUGACUUGGACCCUGAUCUGUUGCCCCUUUUCCAGUACAACUGCAAGCAGUUUGCCAGCCCCCAGGAGUGCCUCUCUGCCCCUGAGUUUGUGGAUCACAUCAGGAAGGUGAUGCUGGUGAUUGAUGCUGCUGUGAGCCACCUGGAGAACUUGUCCUGCCUGGAAGAGUAUCUCUGCAACCUUGGCAAGAAACACCAGUCUAUUGGUGUCAAGGUCGACUCUUUCUCGACUGUUGGUGAGUCCUUGCUGUAUAUGCUGGAGAGAUGCCUUGGCACAGCCUUCAGUCCAGACAUGCGGGAGGCUUGGAUCACACUCUAUGGUGCUGUGGUGAAAGCCAUGCAACGUGGCUGGGACACCAUUGCUCAAAGGGUCUAG